AUGCUCAGCUCAACUUGCACUGCCGCCGUUCGUGGACUCUCCACCACUGCUCAACUCUCAAAAAUCAAUAAUGUCACCGUCAUCGGCGCUGGACUUAUGGGAUCUGGAAUCGCUCAAGUGUCUGCCAAUGCCAAACUCAACGUGACCGUUGUCGACAGCAAUCAGUCAGCCCUUGACAAGGCUCAAAAAGGAAUCACGAGCAGUCUGCAGCGUGUCGCCAAAAAGAAGCAUGCUGAUGAUGCUGCCGCUCAAACCGCUCUUGUCAGCUCUGUUCUCGAUCGUAUCAAGAUGUCGACCAAUGUCUCCGACUCCGUUAAGGAUGCCGAUUUGGUUAUUGAGGCUAUCGUCGAAAAUAUUGAUAUCAAGAGAAAACUUUUCGCCGAGGUUGAGGCCGCCGCUAAGCCAACUACUCUCAUCACCACCAACACCUCGUCGCUUCGUCUUGCCGACAUCGGACUUAACUUGAAGGAUAAGACUCGCUUUGGAGGUCUCCAUUUCUUCAAUCCAGUACCAAUGAUGAAACUUCUCGAAGUCGUCCGUCACAAUGACACCUCCGACGCCACAUUCGAGCAACUUAUUGAGUACGGAAAGACUGUCGGAAAGACAACUGUAGCUUGCAAGGACACUCCCGGAUUCAUUGUCAACCGUCUUCUGGUCCCAUACAUGUUCGAAGCUCUUCGUCUCUACGAGCGCGGAGAUGCCUCUAUGCCAGAUAUCGAUGUGGCCAUGAAACUCGGAGCUGGGUAUCCAAUGGGACCAUUCGAGCUCAGCGACUACGUCGGACUCGACACUUGCAAGUUCAUCAUGGACGGAUGGCACAAGCAGUAUCCAGAUGAGGUCGCUUUCAAGCCAAGUCCACUUCUCGACUCGCUUGUUGAUGCUGGAAAGACCGGACGCAAAUCCGGCGAGGGAUUCUACAAGUACAAGUAG